UGUAAUGAUAGAUUAUGUAAGCGAGAUAAGGUACACCGCGAGACCGCAUGGGUAAGUUAUGUUACACCGCUUUUAUUUUACCACCAAUGGAAUCAAUCUGCCAGGCCAAAUUGAUCCUGGCUAAUGAAGGCGGUGUAGCAGCACAACUUAUCCAUAUCCAUACCUUCGUACUGGUCGUUUCCGCCAUCAACUUUCCAUUUCUCUUCUUGAUCCUUUUCCCCUUGUCCCCUCUUCCUUCUGCCAAACACCACAACAUUGACCUGACAUCUUCUCCAUCUUGCUCUUCUUCACCCUCUUCACCCUCUUUACUACAUCCAAUAUACACACAUGAUCUUUACCGUCAUCACCCACACAUCUCUUCACAACAAACCCAGCACAUUCUCGUAGGUAUCCACAGUCUACAUGGCCAAGCAAAUUGAUUGGUGGCGAAUGCUAUGGACGGGUCCUCGGCUUCAAUUAUUACUACUGAAGAAGGAUUCUUAGUUUCUUAUUCCCGAUUCUAUACCCAUUACCCAUACCCAAGUGAAUAUGUUAGGGAAUAGCUCUGGCUACCUAGCUUCGCGGGGAGAUAAAGCUCAGGUAAGAAAAUGCAUUUCGUGACUAAAACUUUUGCGCCCUUCACAAUCAUAUUGAUGCGCCGGUCCGGUGAGUAGGAAGGUCAUUGCCUUCUUCAAAUGCAGAGAUUCCUUCGCAUUUUCUUUUGAGCCUAUCUUCAUGGACUUGCAUCUUUAAUCGGUACUUUUUUCCUUUCUUCGUGUAUAUCUCAUCUACACUCUUCUCGAUUAAUUUCUUUCCUUCUGUAUCUAUCUUCAAGGAUACACCUUUCUAUGUGAGAUGAGUGCCAUCAACAAUGAGCGGUCAGGACGAGAUGACAACAACGAAAUGAACAUUGCGAAUGUGGUGGAGAAUGUGGACAAAGAUAGAAGGGGCCCAUCAGAUAAGAAUCUUCUGGCGGAAGAUCGAGGGCAUUACACCGAUGACCCAGAAAGGACUGAGGACUCGAACCCAGUGGAUGUACCUCCUGAUGGCGGAUAUGGCUGGGUUUGUGUGGCAUGUGUAUUUCUGAUCAACGGGCAUACUUGGGGAGUCAAUAGUUCUUACGGCGUUUUCCUUGCUCACUACCUUGCGAGUGAUACUUUUCCUGGCGCAACUUCCCUUGAAUAUGCGUUCGUUGGCGGCUUAUCGAUUUCUUUAGCCCUCCUCACCGCACCGGUAGCCACGAGCUGUACGCGCAAAUUCGGAACACAAGUCACUCUAGCCAUCGGUAUUGUACUCGAAACCGCUGGGCUUCUUGGGGCUUCUUUUGCAUAUGAGAUAUGGCAUCUAUUCCUAUCACAAGGUGUCGCUUUUGGGUUCGGUAUGGGUUUCCUCUUCGUAGGUAGUGUUGGAGUGGUCCCACAAUGGUUCUCGAAACGUCGAUCUUUAGCCAAUGGUAUUUCAGCAGCUGGAAGUGGACUGGGAGGUUUGAUAUAUUCCUUGGCAACAAAUGCAAUGAUUCAAUCCAUUGGGCUCGGCUGGGCUUUCCGAGUAUUGGCUAUUUUGGCUUUUGCAGUAAACACCGUUUGUACAAUUCUGGUCAGGGAUCGAAACCAUGCGAUUGGAUCUGUCCAGAAAGCUUUUGACAUACAACUGUUCAAGAAGCCUGAAUUCUUCCUUUUACUUGGAUGGGGAUUCUUCAGUAUGCUCGCAUACAUUGUUCUUCUCUUCUCCUUGCCUAAUUACGCGAGGAGUAUCGGUCUCUCAGCCAAGCAAGGUUCGGUUAUUGGUGCUAUUCUAAAUCUUGGUCAAGGUCUCGGCCGGCCAUUUGUAGGGGCAUUUUCGGAUGCAACUGGGCGAAUCAAUAUGGCGGGCACUUGUACCUUCCUAGCAGGACUUUUCUGUCUCGUUAUUUGGAUUUUCGCUAAAUCAUACGGAGUUCUCAUUUUUUUUGCUCUUAUUGUCGGAACUGUCUCGGGCACAUUUUGGGCCACUGUUGCCCCGGUGGGUGCAGAAGUAGUAGGUCUCAAAGUCCUUCCUUCGGCUCUAUCUAUCAUUUGGUUAGUGCUUGUGAUACCUUGCACUUUUUCUGAGCCAAUUGGACUAAAGUUGAGAGCCUCAUCUGGGGAUAUAUACCUACACGCACAGGUCUAUGCAGGAUGUAUGUACAUAGGAGCUGCACUGUGUAUGUGGGGCCUGAGGGCUUGGAAAAUCAAGGAGUUGGAGAGCUUAAGAGAGGGAGAAAGGGAGAAAGAAGUAAGGGAUGAGGACGAGGCAAGGAGGGAAAGAGAAAGGGAACAGGGCGAAGAGAAAGAUUCUGAAGAGGGUGCCAAUGUUCCGAUGAGAAGGCAGAUGACAAGAACAGAGAGUGUGAAGCGAGCCACAAAGGGGCUCUGGGUUUUACAGAGAGUUUAGAAAUACCUAUGCUAUUGAUACCCCGGUAUAUUCAAAAUAGAUGUCAGAGAGGAGGCAUACAUAUAUACACACACAUAAUUAUAUCGAUUUCAACAUCAAUUUAAAUUCAUUGGAUACUACCAAUGACGUAUGCAACAAACACAAAUAGAUAUCAUCAUUAAGGUGAUGCCUAGUUUUGCUUUCCAGAUCAUGUUCAUGUUUGCGGCGAUGAAGAUC